AUGCUAUCUCUCGGGAGGGGUCAGAUAAUAUACGCUCUGAGCGGCUUGUUGUUUUUUCUUAGCCCGGCCAUCGCCAAUGUUGAAAAGACAAUCUUCACAGCUCCUACAUCACUCCCUAUUCCCCAACAGAAGCCAUCGCUGGCUGAUCUUAGACUACCCAUCCUCAGACCAGACAACCCAAAUAUUCGAACAAAUAUCAGCCGCAUCUUUCCCUCUGAGCCAAAGGAUUACGCUUCCGGCGCGGCAACAUGGGUGCUUCUUGAUAACCUAAACCAGGGCCAGCGGUAUGAGUUUCGUGUCUGUUGGGCUGCGAUUCAACCUACUGGUUUUGACUUGGGUGUAUAUGAGCUGGACACUGUGUGGCAGACACCAGAGCUGAUUCAGUCUCUUGCCAGCUACUCGUUUUCACGCCAGGAUCAAGAAACUGGAUUGACAAAAGAGUCAACUCAAACCGGAGUCAGGGAGCGCGAGGCUUCCGUUCUUCUGCUACAGAUCAAGGCAUCUGCUGACUACUUUACUAACGACGCGGCUCUUAUGAAGGAUCCUUCACCUGUACUUGUAGAUCUCAUCCUCGACCCCUAUCUAUAUGGUGUUGUACCCCGUUCUCUAGUCCCAACAGCCGGCUAUCUUGUUCUCGUCGGCGCAGUGGCUUGGUUUGUGUCCAGAUCCAUCGCCUCUAAGUUACAGACAAUUGCAGUCAUGACCGAUGGCGCAAACAAGAAACAGAAUUGA